AGAAAAAAAAUUGCGUGUGCUGUCUCUCGCCGAAGAAUCAACACAAUCGUGCAUCUUUCCAGUCUGCGGCACAUGUUGUAGCCCAUUUCGUAUAUGAGUUUUUCAAUUUGUGUGGCUCAGUGCACAGACUCUUUAGCGGCUACUAUGGACGAUCAAGCCCGGAUCAUGCAGUCGAUCGGCGGUGUCAGUCUGGCUGGCCACUCGGUACAAGGAGGCAUGGCACUGCCGCCUCCACAUGGACACGAUGGGACAGACGGAGACGGAAGAAAACAAGACAUUGGUGACAUUCUGCAUCAAAUAAUGACCAUAACUGAUCAAAGUCUGGACGAGGCGCAAGCAAAAAACAGGAAACACGGGCUGAACUGUCACAGAAUGAAACCAGCACUCUUCAGCGUUCUCUGUGAAAUCAAAGAAAAGACAGGUCUCAGCAUCCGUGGUGCCCAGGAGGAGGACCCCCCAGACCCGCAGCUCAUGCGUUUAGACAAUAUGCUGUUGGCAGAGGGAGUAGCAGGACCGGAGAAAGGCGGUGGAUCUGCCGCCGCUGCCGCCGCCGCCGCGGCCUCGGGCGGGGCGGCCGACAACUCAAUUGAACAUUCCGACUACAGAGCCAAACUCACCCAGAUCAGACAGAUUUACCACACGGAGCUGGAGAAAUACGAACAGGCAUGUAACGAAUUCACUACCCACGUGAUGAACCUGCUGAGGGAACAGUCUCGCACGCGGCCCAUUUCUCCCAAAGAGAUUGAGCGCAUGGUGGGAAUCAUCCACCGUAAGUUCAGUUCCAUCCAGAUGCAACUGAAGCAGAGCACCUGUGAGGCUGUCAUGAUUCUGCGCUCCAGAUUCCUUGAUGCCAGGCGGAAAAGGAGAAACUUCAGCAAGCAGGCAACAGAAAUUUUGAACGAAUAUUUCUACUCGCACCUCAGCAACCCUUAUCCGAGCGAGGAAGCAAAAGAGGAGCUGGCCAAGAAGUGCAGCAUCACAGUUUCCCAGGGGGUGGGAAGCACCAUCACAGUAUCACAGGUAUCCAACUGGUUUGGCAACAAAAGGAUCCGGUACAAGAAAAAUAUCGGCAAGUUUCAGGAAGAAGCCAACCUGUAUGCCGCCAAGACUGCUGUAAAUGCAGCACAUGCUGCAGCCGCUGCAGUGCAGAACAGCCAGGCCAACUCCCCUACCACACCUAACUCUGGAUUCCAGAUGAAAGAUGAAGAGUUUCAGCUGGAUUCUGCAGAGAGCAAAAACACUCUUUUAAGCAACAUGUUUACUGGUUCUUCAGGUUCUUUUAACCUCCCAAACUCUGGGGACAUGUUCUUGAGCAUGCAGAGUCUGAAUGGGGAUUCUUACCAAGGGGCACAAGUCGGAGCCAAUGUACAGUCACAGGUGGAUACCCUGCGCCAUGUUAUCAGUCAGACGGCAGGAUACAAUGAUGCUCUGGGGGGAAACACGAUGUAUAGUCCACAUGGCCUAAAUGCUAAUGGGGGAUGGCAAGAUGCGACGACUCCAUCUUCUGUAAUAUCUCCAACAGAAGGACCUGGAAGUGUGCACUCUGAUACCUCGAAUUGAUCCGCUAUUAAUGCAUCUUCGCCUCUAGCAGGACUUUUUAACUGGCUGACCACCUGAAGAGGAUAUUGAAAAAGUAAACUUUCUCAGCAGAUUGGUUUUCACGUACCUUAAAAUUGAUCACGACUGUGUCACACACAUUGAAAUUCCAUCCUCCAUUAUGAACACCAAGUGUUUCCUGAUACCUGUUUUUCCCCCCCCUUCCUUUUUUGUCUUUAUAAAUCAAUCAAGUGUACUCACCGUGUUUGUUUUUUUGUUUGUUUGUUCAUUGCGGAGGUAAACACAUAGACAUUUACAAACAAAAAUAACCCUCAGUAAAACUUUCAGGAUAAUUAUCUCUUCUCAGCUCAGAACACUGGAUGACACUUGUGUAUUUUCCAUGACAUUUUAUGACAUCUUAAAGGCCCAUUUGUUUGAUUCUUGAUUUAAUUACUGCUUUCCAUUUUGAUAAUUGAGUCCUUACAAUAUACAGAUUAAAGCAGCUGUUUCUUUGACUGUAAUGUGCUCGCAGUCUUGUCCAGCAACUCAACAAUGCUGUUGUUGACAGCUCAAUGGCAGCUUUGUAGUUACUUUCAAGAUUUAUUUUUUGCCUUACAGCUGUAUACAUUAGUACAAGGAAACGACUAUUCAAACUCUGGAACAUAAAGAAGCGUAAUUGAUUGCUUGACUAUGACAUGACACCAUUGCAUAUUUUAUAAUUUGAUGUUUAGUAUGUACAUAUGUAAACAUUUUUUUUUUUUUUGUACUGCUUAUGGAAGACCCCCCGACCCCCCGACAGUAGAUCAUUCCGACAUGGCACACAGGAGCAGGCCCCAUUACACAGGAAAAGUUGUACAUAAUAUAGCUUCAGAGUAAUUAUACACCCCACCAAUCAAUACCCAGCUUUAUUACCUCAUUCAUAGAAACCAAUAAUUUCCAACAUUUCUGUAGCUUAGAGCGUUCACCUACUACCUCUAAACCAUAUCAUCACCAUCGUUUCUUUGGCCCCUUAUUUAAUGUUUUUAUGUAGUUAUUUUGAUUACAUCUUGUAACACUGUAAACUCUUCAUUCUCUAUGUAAUCUAAUGUAUAUUUUAAUCUUUUAAUAAAACGAUGUUGCCGCUCUGCAACUUAAAAAUAACAAAUAAAAAAAAAAAAAUGAAAUAACGAUAUUAAUACCAUGGAAAAUAGACAGGGAGAGGGGGGGUGAGGAUGUUGUUGCUCUAUGGCUUAUACAGGGGGAGCGUGGCGAAUAUUGUUGAUAAAUUAACACCAAACAGUAAAACUGUUGUAAAUAAUGGAGGGGAAAAAAAAAAAACAUUUUGAAUGUUGCUCAUCUUGUUACUAAAUCAUGCAAAAAAAGACAAAAAAAUCACUAUAAAAACUGUAAUGCAUAGAGGUUUCAGUAUUCAGAACUGUACAUUUCCAGCUCUGUUCAACAGGGUUCAAGACUUCUUUUCUCUUUUUUCUAUUGUAUGUGAUUCUGAAGCUGAAAAGUCAUGACAAAUGAUUUGUGGCAGUGAUUCUAAUGUAUUAAAGAUGUUUAGUGUUACUUUCUAACCAGACUACACCCUGGACUGAAAAGUCUUCCUUGUGGUAGUUGUGUAAUUUCAAACAUGAAUAAACCUUUUGCUUUCAUGACAGCAA